UUUCUACUCGGCGCAAACAGAUCAUUCGCAUUUGACCCACUUUCUGACUUCCACGAACGCAGCUCUCUCUUUUCGCUUCAAGAUCAUCAACCGUAGCGAGCAAGGCUGUAGAAACCCAGAAAACGGUCCAACCAGAUCCGAGAGAUAAGAGAGGAGGGGGGGAAAAUGGACAUGAAAAAGAGAAUUCACCUAGAACUGAGAAAUAGGACGCCGUCGGAUGUUCAGGAGCUUGUCCUGGAUAACUGUCGGUCGAACGAGGGGAAAAUGGAGGGCAUAACGGAGGAGUUUGAGAACCUGGAACUGUUGAGUCUCAUCAACGUCGGCCUCAUCAACGUCUCAAACAUACCCAAACUGGGGAAAUUAAAAAAGUUGGAGCUAAGUGACAACAGGAUAUCCGGUGGUCUGGAGGUGCUGGCUGAGAGGCUGGUCAACCUCACACACCUCAACCUCUCUGGGAACAAGUUCAAGGACAUCAGCACACUGGAACCACUGAAAAAGCUUCCCAUACUGAAGUCCCUGGACCUGUUUAACUGCGAGGUCACCAACCUGGGAGACUACAGAGAGAGCAUCUUCAAGCUCCUCCCGCAGCUCACGUACCUGGAUGGCUACGAUAUCGAAGACUGCGAGGCCUCCGACUCGGACGGCGAGGGAGACGGGGUCGAGGAUGAAGAUGAUGAAGAGGGGGAGGAGGGAGAGUCUGAAGAGGAGGAGGACGAAGAGGAGGAGGACGACGAAGAGGUCGUUGCAGAGGAAGAUGAUGACAGUGGGGAGAGUGGAGAGGAUGGGGAGGUGAACGGCGAUGUUGACGACGAUGAUGACGAAGACGAUGAUGAAGACGACGAAGACAACGAAGGAGAGGAUGACUCUCCUGUGAAAGGAGAGAAGAGGAAGAGGGAUCCUGAAGAUGAGGAUGAAGACGAUUGAGUGUCCCUCCCCCGUCCCACACACCCCUCGAUAUCUGAGAUCUCCUGACCCCUCCAUAUCUCAGAUACCCCUCCAUAUCUCAGAUACCCCUCCAUGGCCUUUAGUUGCCCCCUUACUGCCGCUAUCACCCGUCUCCCCUUUUCCCCCAAACCCUCCAGCCAACCUAGUGGCACCCUAUUCCCUAUAUAGUGCACUACUUUUUGACCAGAGCCCAUAGCCUUGAAAAAUCCUAUAGGGUCACAAGUAGUGCACUGUAUUAGGGAAUAGGGUGCUUUUUGGUACUCCAUCCUACACGCGCACCCCUUUGCUUGAGUUGCCCUGUGUCGUGGUAAUUUGGGGGGGGGGGGUGUAUGGGUAGAAUCCCGAAACAACCGGGUCUUUCGUCACCGCGCAACAUUCCGUGACAUCACCGGGGCGGGGACAAACUCGUCAACCUCAGCUGUGUCCCAAAUUAAUCCCUGUUUAGUGCACUGGUUUUGGCAAGGGCCCCUUGUUUUAUUUU